AUGGAUUCGUGUGCUUCAAGUAAAGAUUUUACACUGGAUGGCCAACAUUCCUGUACCGAAGAGACAAACGAUGAUGCUGAUGACACAGUGAAAAAUGAUUCUAUGGAUAUUAAAGAGAGUUGUGCAUAUUGCGGUGAAAAUGAUCCUAGUUCACUCGCUAUGUGUACCACAUGUUCUAGAUGGUUUUGUAACAGUGCUCAUGGUACCAGUGGGUCGCAUGUUAUUAUGCACCUUGCAAAAAGCAAACAUCAAUCAUUACAGUUACAUUCAAAGAAUAUGCUUGGUGAUGAUACUUUAAAGUGUUAUGUUUGUCAUUCAGCUAACGUUUUUUCUCUGGGAUUUAUGCCUUCAAAGGAAGAAUCUGUUGUUGUAUUAGUUUGCCGGGAACCAUGUCUUCAUUCUAGGGCAUUGCGUGAACAAAAUUUGGAUUCCUCAUCAUGGCUUCCUUUAAUAGAUGAACGAAGGUUACUUCCGUGGAUUUGCAAAGUACGGGGAACAGGUGCUAAAAAACUUACUUUGCAUGAUAUUACGGCUAUUGAACUUGAAUGGGGAAAUAAAUUAAUUAAUUCUGAAGAAGCAACUGAAAUUGCACCAACUAUUCCAAAUACAUUUAAUAAUGGUAAUGAAUAUCUAGAGAUAUUUACAACUUUAAUUCGUAUGGAUGCUGAUGCUUCACAAAGGAAAAAAGAAUAUACUUUUGAAAAUGUCCCUUGCUUGUUGCAAAAACAGCUUGGAACAAGAUGCUUUUUUUACUUAAAGCAACUUCCCGUUGCUGAUGCUGUUUUUCGUCGUGGUGAAUAUGCUUCAAUUACUGUAAAAGGAAGUAAUAAUUGCUUGUUUGGUACCAUUGUUGAUAUCUGCAAAUCUCAAAAUGGUGACGAAGAUGUCAUUUUGGAAACAGAAAUUAAGAAAACAUUUGACAAAGCCGCAUUGGAAGAGAUACUUAGUGUAUCUGUAGUAACUUUUCGUUUUGAGUUAAAUAUUAUUGCGGCUCUAAGAAAAACUGAAGCUUUACAUAAGUUUGUAGCUUCAAGACAUCCACUUUCUGAAUAUCUUUAUUAUACUAUUCUCGGUCAAGCGGAGAAGGCUGAGAAAUAUUUUAAGAAAGUACCUUAUACUCUUACUACGCAAUUAAUAAGUAAAUUAAACAGAUCUCAAGAAAUAGCAGUAAGAAAUGCUUUGGAAAAUCCAUUGACUCUUAUUCAAGGACCACCUGGUACAGGAAAGACCACAACUGGUGUUACUAUUGUAAAACAUUUGCAUCAUAUCGUAAAAGAACGGAUUCUCGUUUGUGCACCAAGUAAUAUUGCUGUUGAUCACCUCGCUGAGAGGUUAUCUACGGUUGGUUUGAAAGUAACACGUUUGCAACCACGUUACCGUGUCCCAGAGUCAGAUAUAAUUAAAAAUUUAUCAUUGGAUCAACAAGUUGAGGAUUUUAUUGAUUCAGACGCUGGUGACAAUCGUGUAAAAUCUAUCUUGAAUUCAAUGAGGAAUCAACUAUCUUUGAAUAAUGAUGAAUAUGAUUUAUAUAAAAAAAAUGUGAGAGAUCUUGAAAAAUUAAUUCUGGGAAGUGCUGAUGUUGUAUGCUGUACUUGUGUUGGCGCAGGUGAUCCACGAUUAAAGGGGAUACAUUUUAAGUAUGUUCUUAUUGACGAAGUCACACAAGGAACUGAACCAGAAACUAUAAUUCCCUUGGUGUGUGGAGCAGAACAAGUUAUUUUCAUUGGAGAUCAUUGUCAACUGCGUCCUGUGGUUUCAUCACUUGCUGCAGAAAAGGCAGGACUUCAUCGUAGCUUGUUUGAAAGACUUUUGUAUGUAGGUCAUAGGGCUUUCCGGUUAGAUGUGCAGUAUCGCAUGCAUCCAUCUUUGUCAAACUUUCCUUCUUCAUACUUUUAUGAAGGGACACUGCAAAAUGGCGUCACUGAAAUGGAACGUAAUGCCUCACGGGUAUUUCCAUGGCCAGAACCCUCAAAACCUUUAUUUUUCUAUAACACAACAGCACCUGAAGAACUUGGAGCAAAUGGAUGUUCAUACCUGAAUCGAGCUGAAGCUGCAUUGGUAGAAAAAAUUGUGACAAAGCUUAUAAGAGAUGGAAAAGUAAAUCCUGAAGAAAUUGGAGUUAUAACUCCUUAUUAUAGUCAAUCUCGUUAUAUAAGGAAUUAUCUUUCUCGCUGUGGAAAUAUUGAUGCAAGUGUGUAUGAUCGCGUUGAAAUUGCUACCGUGGAUUCUUUUCAAGGUAGAGAAAAAGAGUAUAUCAUUCUCUCUUGUGUGCGCAGUAAUCACCAUCAGGGAAUAGGAUUUGUUGUGGAUGAGAGACGACUCAACGUUUCAAUAACCCGAGCGAAAUAUGGUUUAUUUAUUAUAGGUAAUGCCAGACUUCUUUCAAGGUAUCCUGCAUGGCAUGCUCUUCUUAGAGAACUGUUAAAUUUGUCAUUGGUGGUGGAUGGCUCUAUUGAUGCACUUGUUCCCUCAGCAGUGGUGCUGGGAAAUCCUGAAAAAAAUUCUUGA